AAAGUAUUUGAAAAGUGAGACGUCUACAAGGGGCAUUCGGUUUGGGCUUCACUUCACUUCUACCGUUCUAAAGUAAUCUACAAAAAGCUAAACGGAGAACCUCUCUGAUUUCUAUGUUCGUCAAAAAUUACAAAGAAAAAAAUAUUUGGUUUCAGUUAUCCGUUUAGUCACAAGUCUAUUUUAAAAAUUUGUGAAUAUUUAAAUUAACCUUUUGAAUUUUUAACGGACUGCGCAAAAAGUGUUGGAAAGCAAUUGUUCUAAAAUAUCGAUAGGAAAAUCAACCUUUGAGUCGAAAAUGCCGAACAUCAUCAAGCUGCAAUCCUCCGACGAGGAGAUCUUCGACACAGACAUCCAGAUCGCCAAGUGCUCCGGCACCAUCAAGACCAUGCUGGAGGACUGCGGCAUGGAGGACGACGAGAACGCCAUCGUGCCGUUGCCGAACGUCAACUCGACCAUCCUACGCAAGGUCCUGAUCUGGGCCCAUUACCACAAGGAUGACCCCCAGCCGACGGAGGACGACGAGAGCAAGGAGAAGCGCACCGACGACAUCAUCUCGUGGGACGCCGACUUCCUCAAGGUGGACCAGGGCACACUCUUCGAACUGAUCCUGGCGGCCAACUAUCUGGACAUCAAGGGCCUGCUGGAGCUCACCUGCAAGACUGUGGCCAACAUGAUCAAGGGCAAGACCCCGGAGGAGAUCCGCAAGACCUUCAACAUCAAGAAGGACUUCACGCCCGCCGAGGAGGAGCAGGUGCGCAAGGAGAACGAGUGGUGCGAGGAGAAGUAAGCGGCCGGCCAUGUCCCAGUGCCCCGAAUCCCAUCGCCCGAAUCCCCAGAACGAAAUUCAGUGUACCAGUUGGCGUGCAGUUUGCGUUUACGUUCGAAGAGAGACACCCACACACAAAGUUGCGGCAAGACACGAUUUGGGCCGAUGAGGAUUGGAAGCUGCUGCUGGCUCACUUAGUUGCUAGUUUACCAUUCAUUUCCCAUUCUAUCGAACUUUAUUUUUUUUUUUGUUUCUAACACAUGCCUCAUAUUCUACUGAUGAUCUGUCAAGCGGGGUAACAUUGUAGUACACACCAUUAUGGAAUUUAUGAAAACGGUAGUCUAUUCAUAAGAAAAUGCGAUUACUUCACCAAAAUAAAUAUUACUCAACACCGUAUUUGAGGAAAACGUUAA